AUGGCACCAAAGAAGGACGUGAAGAAACCUGCUGCUGCUCCUGCCCCAGCCCCGGCUCCUGCCCCCGCCCCAGCCAAACCCAAAGAAGAAAAAAUUGACCUCUCUGCCAUUAAGAUCGAGUUCUCUAAGGAACAGCAGGAUGAUUUCAAGGAGGCAUUUCUCCUGUUUGACAGAACAGGUGAAAGCAAGAUCACUUUAAGCCAGGUUGGUGAUGUCCUUCGGGCACUGGGUACAAAUCCCACUAAUGCAGAAGUCAAGAAGGUGCUGGGAAACCCCAGCAAUGAAGAGAUGAAUGCCAAGAAAAUUGAAUUUGAGCAAUUUCUUCCUAUGAUGCAAGCUAUUUCCAACAACAAGGACCAGGGAGGCUAUGAAGACUUUGUGGAGGGUCUGCGUGUCUUUGAUAAGGAAGGCAAUGGCACGGUCAUGGGUGCUGAACUUCGCCAUGUGUUAGCCACACUGGGUGAAAAGAUGAAAGAGGAAGAAGUAGAAGCCCUGUUGGCAGGUCAAGAGGACUCCAAUGGGUGCAUUAACUAUGAAGCUUUUGUCAAGCAUAUCAUGUCUAUCUAA